AUGGACUAUGUUCCAUUUUCUGCAUUUUUUUCUGGGUUUCUCGUUUUUUUGAACGAUAAAUUGCGAUUUUGUGCUAUUUAUACCAAAGUCAGAGAUUCAACUGUAUUUGUGACUGUAUUGUAUGAUGGUGUUUGGGAUGUCGAGGGUUUCAACUGGGUAUUCAAUUCCCCAACAAGUAAGACGUUGAUGUUUGACAUUGACACUACUCUGGAAAAGUUGCGUGAAGUUUUGUAUGAAGAGUUGGAUGUGGAUCCUUUGGUGUAUGAACUGAAAUUAGAAGUCUGUUACAUGUACAUGAAAGGCACCAAGUUUCCGCCGGAGGUUUUAGUGAAAGAUAGUCAACUACGAGUGUUUUUUAGCAUGAAGGCAAAGAUGAGUGUGGACAACUUGCUGCCACUAUUUGUGACUAAGGUGAAGAAGAAUGUGAAUUUGGAGCCUACUCCCCCAUCUGUAACCCCUCGAAGUGUGGUAGGGACCUUUGUCCCAGAAACUGAUCAGGGGGUUGGUUUGAAUGAGCAACUACCUAAUAAUAUAGAUGACCACAGAGCCGAUAUCGCAUUUGAUCAUUUAGAUGAGUUCGAUGGCCCCUAUUACAACGAUGAUCCUGUGGUAGAUUUGGAUGAGGAUGAUGAUGUGGAGCUGGAAGUUGAUGGAGCUGUACAGGUACCUCCCUUGAGGGAAGACAUAGAGGAAAAUCAUGUCUAUACGACAUCUCUUAGUGGUACGCCUUCAGGGGAGAUACAUCUUGGCAAGUUGUACACAAACAAGGAAGAGUUUAAGAAUGUAGUGGGAAGGUAUGCACUGAAAAAUAAUUUUGAGUGGAUGGUGAGGAAGUCUGGCACUAAUGUGUUGUACGUUACUUGCAAGGAUCAAAAUUGUAAAUGGAGAUUAAGGGGGAGGAAGAAGGCACGUUGUGACAUGUUCGAGGUUACUGUGUUCCACAACGAACACACAUGUAACUUGGAUUCUAGAAAUUCUGAUCACCGUCAAGCAGCACCGUGGGUUAUUGGCCACAUUAUUAAGGAAAAGUACACAUCAGAUGGAACUAAGUACAUGGCAAAAGACAUACAGAGGGAUAUGUUUAAGGAUUAUGGCAUCAAGAUUAGUUAUGAGAAGGCUUGGAGGUGCAGAGAGAAGGCACUUACGUAUGUGAGGGGUACGCCAGCAGAAUCUUAUACAAAGUUAUAUGGUUACUUGUACAUGCUGGAACAGAAGAAUCCAGGUACUAUUACUGACAUUGUGAGAGAGGACGACCGGUUCAAGUAUUGUUUUUGGUCACUGGAUGCUUGUAGGAGGGGAUUUAAGUUUUGUCGUCCUGUGAUUAGUAUUGACGGAACAUUCUUGAAGACAAAGUAUGGGGGCACAAUGUUACUUGUUGUUGCGUACGAUGCAAACAACCAAUUGUUUCCGAUGGCCUUUGCAAUUGUCGAUAGUGAGAACCACGACUCUUGGAAGUAUUUCUUGCAGAAGUUAAGGGAAGUCAUUGGGGAGGUUGAAAACCUUGUGUUCGUAUCGGAUAGGCCUCAGAGCAUUGAACAUGCUGUCGAGGUCGUUUUCCCCGAAGCAUGCCAUUGUUAUUGCUUUAAACAUAUUACUAUGAAUGUCACGUUCAAGUUCAAGACUGAUGUAUGUAACACGCAAAUAUGGCUGGCAGCCUACGCAUGGUCGAAGACUGAAUGUGAUAGACAUUUUGAGGUGCUCAAACGGAUGGAUCCUCCCAUUGCUACAUACAUCGAGCAAAUAGGGCUUGAAAAGUGGGCUCGUCCUUAUUGUCCAAGCGAUCGAUACAACAUAAUGACAAGCAACGCCGCUGAAAGCUUCAACAACGUGACAGAAGAAUUCAGGAAAUAUCCAAUAACUACUUUGGUUGAAUUCACCAGGUUCACACUGCAAAAUUGGUUUGCUGAUCGUCUCGAAAAUGCAAGUAAGUGCACUACCCCUUUGGCAGCUACUUUUGAGAAGGAUUUAAAAGCACAACAUGAAGAUGGUAGGUUCAGGACUGUCUAUCGUAAUGGUGCACAAUUAUUUAACGUUGGUACGGGUCCUGAAGGUCAGAGAGGUGGUGAUGUGGACUUAGUCGAGAGAACAUGCACAUGCGGAAUGUUCCAAUUGCUAAAAAUCCCUUGUCCUCAUGCAUGUGCCGCAGCAAUUAGUCAGAAUGCUAGCCUGUACGCACUUAGCUCCCCGUACUACACAAAAGACACGUGGAAGAAGACCUACAAUGCAACAAUUAAUGUUGUCGGCGAUAGGGGAAUGUGUGAACCAUGUAGAAUUUUUAACAGGGUCAAAGUAGAUUUUUUUUCCAAUUUUGCGAUAUCUGGCGAUGUUUUUGCGAUUAGCAUUGCGAUUUUGUGUGAUAUACUUUGCUAUGGAGAUUAA